AUGGCCGCACCGCGAAUUCCCAACUUAAACACACUCCGACGAGGCCGAGGCCAGGGUCGUGGAGGUCUUCGUGGAGUCGAGGAUAGUAAUGGCACGCGCCCAACGGGCAAGGACCGCGUCGUGCAGGGCACAGACAAUGACGCCAGUGUCUCCCGCCUCAGCGCCGUCGAGCUGGGAUAUCUCGACGACCCAUAUGCGACAGCCUUGACGGCCCCUGGCAAUGCAACAAGGAGAUUCCCGAUCAUCAAUCGAGGUAAGUGA